AUGGCUUCAGGGUUUUGUGACACCUGCUCGCGGUUGUUGAAGGAAUUUGCGGAUCAUUUGAGGAGCGCUUGGAGAGAGCUGGAGCUCAAGAUAAAGGAAGCUUUCAGAGAGAUUGGACGGUGCAACUGCUUUAGGAUUUCAUCCGAGAGAAAGACGGCUUUUGAUUUGCCUUCCUUACGCCUCAACUGUGACAACGAAACUCAACUUCUCAGCCAGGAAAGUCUGCAAACACUGAACAAACUUGCAACCUCAGAAAACACUGAUCUACAAAUGACUUCAGCCAUGUAUUAUCUACACCUCAGUCAUCAUCUGAACUGUCCAUUACCAGAUGCCUUCAUGGAGCCCAUCAUGGCUCUACUUUUAUCAUCUGAUCUCAAUGUUCAAAAGACUGUCUCUCUCGCCCUUGUAAAUCUGUUACUAAAGAAUAAUGUGUCUAAAGAAUUGGUGAUAGAAAUGGGGAUGCUGGUGCCCAUAAUUGAGUUGUUCCGGUCAGGUGAUCCCGCUGCUCAGUGUCACUCCUGUGCCUGUGUUGCCAUGUUGGCCUCCUCAGAGUCAAAUCGAGAUUCUUUGAUGGUCGAUGGAAUCAUACCACUCUUGGCUUUAGCAAAAUCUUUUGAUCCAAAGGUCCAACGGAAUGCAACUUGGGCUCUAUUACACCUCACGCAGUCAGAUUGGUCAACAAGGAUGUUAUGCCAAGCAGGAGCGAUUCCUGUUUUGCUUCUUCUCCUACAGUCCUCAGAUUCAGAGGUUCAGUUUUAUAGCUGCACUGCUCUUUGCAACAUCGCUGCUAUCCACGAGCAUCACCCAAGAUUGCUCAGAAUUGGGGGUCACUAUUUAUCAAGGUCUCUUUUGACUCUUAUGUCUUCACCUGUGAAAAAGAAUUCAGCCCAAGCAUGCCGGUGCCUGCAGACUCUUUCGAAGAAUGUUCUCAUUCAGGACCAGCUGAUGGAGCUUGACUGUGUGUUGCCUCUGAAGGCACUGUUAAAAACCUCUACUUCAGUGUGGAUUGAAUCGGCCCUAACACUACUGUCUACACUGUCGGCACACCCGUCAAACACCGACAUCCUGGUAAGUGAAGGACUAUUGGAGGAAAUUGGUCAGGUGCUUCAUCAUCCCAGAUCAAACUCUGUUAUAGUCACAUACAGCUGCAAGAUAAUCACCGAUCUGUGCACUUCCCAUGUCGGUGAGCAGGCUGUGAUGGAAAGUCUGUGCUUACCAGGACUCCUCUGUGCGCUUGUAUCUAACACCCUGUCAGAUGAGACAUUGCUUCAUGUGACAUCAUGCUUGCAUCACCUGAUGGCCUGUGAUGUACUCCGGACAAAAUUGUCAGCAACCAUAACAUCAGAACAAGUUUCAGGCUUAGUGAAGCUGUCAGAGCAAAUCAGAAAUUCCCAGCUGGCGUACAACUCUGCAACUAUCAUAAGCGAAUUAGAAAUGACUGAAGAGAUGAUCUGUUUGUUGAAGCCACAUUACACUUCCAUAUCCAAGUACCUGUUGGGAUUCCUCAAAAAGAAAGAUGUUAAAUUCCAGCAGCUUGGCAUAGUUACCGUAUUUAACCUCAAGAAAGAUGGAGACUUUUCAUCUCUGUUGACUAACAGUGAGCUACAGGUUCAGCUAUUGAAGGUGCAUGCACAGACAGAGGAAACUAGACAGCUGCUUCAAAUGAUUCAGCCCCUUUCUCCAUCUCCUCUCAACUCUUGACUUUCUCAAUGAAGUUACAAAGAGAAGCGCACAGACUUUGCGUGAACGUAACCACGUUG